UUAAUUUUUUUUUAACCAGGUUUUGAUUUAACGUGACAUUCAAGGCGUCGUUAUGUUCCAAAAUUCUCUCGAAUUCAAUAUCUUCUCUUACAUGGGUUUUGACAAUACCAGUUCCAAUUCCUCCAAUUUUACUGAACCAUUUAAUUUCAUCUUGUCUUCUUUGCUGGGUUUUGUUUAAUUUACGUGUUUUUGGAGCUUUUUAAUUUUUUAUUUUUUGAAAUCCCAUUUGAUAAUUUGCCGAUAUCGUAAGCCUGGGCCUGAGUUUUGUGCAAUAGUCUAUUUAUUUUCUAGGUGAAUUUGCACUGGGAAUCUGCACUUAGAUAACUUGAAGAAACCUCAUUUGAUACUUUCUCAAACAGUUUAGAUAUGCCAAAUCCCUUUCCUUAGGCCAUUUUGAAGAUUACCCAUUUUACUAGUUUGCUUUGGAAUGGCGGAUUCCAUAGCAAAUCCGGAUAUUUCGGAGGAGACAUCGCCUGAUAUGCUGAAGAAUACCCCGUCGAACAUUGCGAGAUUGGAGGAUGUGAUAGAGCAUUCCAAAGGCCGUCAGAAGUACCUGGCACAGACUAGGAGUCCCUCUGAUGGAAGCGAUGUUCGAUGGUAUUUCUGCAAGGUGCCUUUGGCUGAGAAUGAGUUGGCUGCCUCAAUUCCUCGCACGGAGAUAGUGGGAAAGAGUGAUUAUUUUCGUUUUGGCAUGAGAGAUUCUCUUGCAAUAGAGGCUUCUUUCUUGCAGAGAGAGGAAGAAUUACUCUCUAGUUGGUGGAAAGAAUAUGCAGAUUGUAGUGAAGGUCCUAGGAGUCGACCUUCAUCCAGUAAGAAGCUCGAUAUGCAAAAAACUGCACCCUCUAUAGAAAGUGCUAAGGCAACUCAAUUGUAUGAAGUGGAUGAAGAGAGAGUUGGUGUGGCUGUAAAAGGAGGACUUUAUGAGGUAGAUCUAGUGAAGAGACAUUGUUUUCCUGUUUAUUGGAAUGGAGAAAAUCGGCGUGUUUUAAGGGGUCAUUGGUUUGCUCGUAAAGGGGGCCUUGAUUGGCUGCCCAUUCGUGAAGAUGUUGCAGAACAAUUAGAGACUGCAUAUUGCAGCCAGGUUUGGCGUCGGAGAACAUUUCAACCAACAGGGCUUUUUGCAGCGCGUAUUGAUUUGCAAGGGUCUACUCCAGGACUUCAUGCACUUUUCACGGGAGAAGACAAUACAUGGGAAGCUUGGCUUAAUGUUGAUGCUUCUGGUUUUAAAAGUGUCAUUAGCUUAAGUGGAAGUGGAAUUAAGUUGAGGCGUGGUUUUUCAGCAUCUCACUCAGCAAAACCAACCCAGGAUGAGCUUCGACAACAGCAGGAGGAAGAAAUUGAUGAUUACUGUUCACAGGUUCCUGUUCGUCAUGUUGUUUUUAUGGUUCAUGGCAUUGGCCAGAGGUUGGAGAAAUCUAAUUUGGUUGAUGAUGUUGGUAACUUCCGCCAUAUCACGGCGGGUCUUGCUGAAAGACACCUUACUGCACACCAACGUGGUGCUCAGCGAGUUCUUUUCAUACCAUGCCAGUGGAGAAAGGGCUUGAAGCUUAGUGGUGAAAGUGCAGUUGAAAAGAUUACUUUGGAUGGUGUACGUGGUUUGCGUACCAUGCUGAGUGCAACUGUGCAUGACGUAUUAUAUUACAUGAGCCCCAUCUAUUGUCAAGAUAUUAUUAACUCGGUAUCAAACCAAUUAAACUGGUUAUAUUUGAAGUUUCUUAAGCGGAAUCCUGGUUAUGAUGGAAAGGUUUCUAUCUAUGGUCAUUCUUUGGGAAGUGUCCUGUCAUAUGACAUCCUCUGCCAUCAGAAGAAUCUAUCCUCACCAUUUCCCAUGGAUUGGAUGUACAAGGAACAUGCUAAGACUGAUCAAUCUUCUCUUGACAUGAAGAACCAAUCUUCUGUAGUUGUCUCUUCAUCCAAUCGGGAGGGUAAAAAAUCCAGUGUGCUUAAUGGAGCAAUGGAGAAAGUUGAUCCUGUUCAUGAAGAAAUGACAAGUGAACAAUCAACUUCAUUAUGUCCUGAUGGACAUUCAUCAAAUUUUUCCACUAGCAUGAAUCAACUGGUCAAUGAUAUAGUGCAACUGCCUGCAGUUUCUGUGGAUGCUAAACAAAGAAGUGAUGAGAAAAGUGACCAUGUAUUGGGUAAUGAUUCCAGCAGCAGUCUUUCUCAGGAAAGAGUUCAAUUAGUUGAAGCUUCUGGAGUGAAAUGUGAUGACCACAUUAAUGGUUUCGACAAAAUGUUAGCAGAAGACUGCAGUGAUACUACCAAUAAAGAUAAAGAAAUUAAAUUUCUGAGGGAAGAGAUUGAUACCCUGAAGGCUAAAAUAGUGGAAUUGGAAUCACAAUGUGGUGGUAAAGCUAUAAGUGGUGGGUUGCAUCAAGAAAAUACAGUGGACAUUGUAUCCACAACGAAGCAACCCAUAUCUGAGAAGCUGCCAUCUGGCUUAGAUGAUGCACCAAAGAGUUAUACACCUUAUAUUAAGUACACAAAGCUUGAAUUCAAGGUUGACACUUUCUUUGCCGUUGGAUCACCUCUUGGAGUCUUCCUUGCGCUUCGUAACAUUCGAAUUGGAAUUGGCAAAGGGCAAGAAUAUUGGGCAGAGGAAAAUAUUAAUGAAGAGAUGCCAGCUUGUCAGCAAAUGUUCAACAUUUUUCACCCAUUUGAUCCUGUUGCAUAUAGAGUAGAACCACUUGUCUGUAAAGAAUACAUCAUAAAACGUCCCGUUAGUAUUCCUUACCACAAAGGUGGAAAAAGGUUGCAUAUUGGAUUUCAGGAAUUUGCGGAAGAUUUAGCUGCUCGUUCUCAGGCAAUGAUGGAUCACCUUCAUUUUUUAAAGGUUAAAGUGCUUACAGUGUGCCAAUCAAGAAGCAUGGAUGGCCUAGAAGAGGGAGUUGAAAAUGUUCAAGAAAGAGAAGAGAGGACGUAUGGUGCUUUAAUGAUGGAAAGAUUAACUGGAACUGAAGAAGGACGAAUAGAUCACAUGCUUCAAGAUAAGACAUUUGAACAUCCAUAUUUACAAGCCAUUGGAUCACACACAAACUACUGGAGGGAUUAUGAUACCGCUCUGUUCAUUUUGAAACACUUAUAUAAAGAUAUGCCUGAAGAUGCCAACUUACCUGAGGGAUCUUGUGAACACAAUUCAAAAGAUGAGAGUACUUCCACUGGAUGGACGGAUCGAUGGCAGGCUAAAGAGGAGGAACUUCCUUUGACAUUCUCUAACAGAAUGAUGGUUAAAAACUUCUCGAGGAAAGCUAAAAUGUAUAUGAAGGAAACUUGAGUGCUGAGAGGAGUCCUCUCAAUUCUUGUAUGCUGGAUUUACAUGCAACUGCAGCUACACUCAGCAGGGCUUGGCCUUCAUGAUUACCUUCAGCGCACUUUGCAUUAAUUACACGCUCGGCGAGGACAAAUCAUUGCAAACUUUGAAUGAUUUGUGGAUGAAGUUGAUGUGUGCAUGCUAUGGUUGGAAAUUAGAAGAAUUAUCAGGAGGGAUACAUUUCAGAGAAUACUAGUUGCAACGGUUAGUUAACUAGUUAGUAGUUUCCCACAGAGCAGGUGGCCUCUUCUUUGGUUUCUUUAUGUUCAUAAAAGGAAAUAUAGGAAGUUAGGAAACAUAAUGAACUUACCACAUUGAAAUGAAGGUGGGUUGGUUGUAACAGGUGUAUAUAUGCUAAAAAAUAUUUGAAAGCUAUGACAUGUAGAUAAACUGUGCAGUUCAAAGUUGUGUAUGAAACAUUUUUCUUUGUAUUUAUCUGUUGUAGAUUUUUCUGCAAGAUAUGGAUUGUGAUUAUAAAAAAUUCUUUGGCUUGAUGAGAGUACAA